ACAGGUUCGGCGGGCGACGCGUUUGAUGGACCCAGCAGAAGCCAAAUGGAAGAAGGGCCAAUUAAUUAUGUGGAAGAAAGGCGGCUGAAGGAGGGCAGCGGGCUCAGCCUGGCGAAUGGGGGCCGGCCGGAGGUGGGGGGUACGGUGCUGAUGGAGCCCAGCGGCUGGUCGCCGGGCCAGCCGCCCGCCACUGGCAAAGCCCACUUGGAAGACGUCCGGAACCUGGUGGCCUUUUCAGCGGUGGCCGAAGCCGUUUCCUCCUACCGGCUGCCGCUGCCGGGCUCGCCGUCGCUGCUGUACGAGAAGUUCGACUCGGAGAUGAGCCGGGGCGGGCUGGGCACGGCGGACGGGGUGCCGCGGGGAGAGGACCUGCACGCCCUCAAGGCCGCCCUGGCUUUGGCCAAGCACGGUGUGAAGCCCCCCAACUGCAACUGCGACGGCCCCGAGUGCCCCGACUACCUGGAAUGGCUGGAGCAGAAAAUCAAGACGGCUCUGGGAGAAGAGCUGGCAUCACCGCGGCCCCGCUCCGCCGCCGCCGUCCCCCCGCCUCCUCCUCCCCCAGAAGGUGCUAUCGACCCCCAGCCGGUGCCUGAGGCUGCCGAGCCCUGCCCGCCCGACGGCCUCCCCUUUUCCCAGAGCGCGUUGACCAUCGCCAAGGAGAAGAACAUCAGCCUGCAGACCGCCAUCGCCAUCGAAGCCCUCACGCAGCUCUCGGCCGCUCUGCCCCAGCCCGCGGGCGAUGGGCAGCCCCCGCCGCCGCCGCCGCCCGCCGUCCCCUUCGCCCCCGGCCCCCUCGGCCCGCCGGGGGCCGCGUGGCAGCGAGGGGACGAGCCCCGGUACCCGCCAGAACCGGGAGCAGCACCUGAGCCAUUUUUCGGCGCGGCACCUCCGCGGGGGAACUUCGCGGCCUCUUGGGGGCUGGAGGCCGAGGGGGCAGCGGGGGCUGGAGACCCCAUGGCAGAGCUGGAGCAGCUGCUGGGUAACGCCGACAACUACAUCAAGGCGGCUUUCAAGAGACCCGAAGCGACGGCCGGCAAAGCGACAGCCCCCAAAACGGAACCCCCCGAGCGAGCAGCCGGCAAAGAAGCAGCGGGCGGCCCCCAUUUGCCACCGGCACCGCCGGAGCCCGACCUGCACAAGAAGACGCAGCUGGUCCUGCAGCAGCAUCUCCACCACAAGCGCAGCCUCUUCCUCGAGCAAAGCCUGGCCACGGCGGCGGCGGCGGCACCCCCAGACCGGCCCGGCGGCUGGUGGGCUCCCGGCACCCCCGCCGCGCCCCCCAAACCCUUGGAAAAGCAGCCCAAAGAGAAGAAGAAGAAAACGCCGCCCGAAAAGCCCCCGCCGGCCAAACCUCUCCGCAAGCAAGUGCAGAUCAAGAAGGCGAAGCAGAAGGACUCGCAGCCGCUCUUCCCGCCCCUCUGGCAGAUCAGCCUGGAGGGGUUUCGGGCGCCCGCCGAGCCCCCCGCAGAACCCCCCGCCGAAGAGAUGCAAACGGAGCCGCCGCCGCCGCCGGCCUUCCCGCACCAGCCUCUUGCACUACCCCUGCCCUCCGCAUGCCCCCCGCCACCAAACCCCCUGGACGGCGUCCCCCCGGCUUCCGACUCUCAGGAAAGGGGUGCCCCCGGGGGGGGCCCCCAAAUUCACUCGGCGCCGGCGGGCUCGGAGGAAGCGCCGGCUGCGCCCCCGCCGGCCACCUCAGCCCCCAUCAUGGUGGAUGACAAGUUGGAAGAGCUGAUCCGACAAUUUGAAGCUGAGUUUGGGGAGAAUUUCAACCUGCCGCCCCCCGAAACGCCUGCGCUGCUCGCUGCUGGGGCUGCUGAGCUGCCGGGGGAGCCAGCAGCAGCCCCUCAAGGGUCCCCCACCGCCGCCGCCGCCGCCGCCCCGGCCCCGAGCAGCGCUCCCCAAGCCGGACCCAAAAGCAUCUCUCCAGGGAAGGGGCUGCUGUCAGAGCCAGCCUUCACCGCCCGCUCCCCCAAACAGAUCAAAAUCGAGUCUUCUGGUGCUAUCACCGUGGUGUCCACCACGUGUUUUUACUCUGAGGAAAGCCAAAACCCGGACGUGGACGACGUGGACAGAACACCCACCAAGGACGAGGUGCCGCUGACGCCCACCCUGAGCGGCUUCUUGGAGUCUCCGCUGAAAUACCUGGACACGCCGACCAAAAGCCUCCUGGACACCCCGGCCAAGAGGGCACAGGCUGAGUUCCCCACCUGUGACUGCGUUGAGCAAAUCGUGGAGAAGGACGAGGGGCCGUAUUACACCCACCUGGGCUCGGGGCCCACCGUGGCCUCCAUCCGGGAGCUGAUGGAGGAGCGGUACGGCGAGAAGGGCAAGGCCAUCCGCAUCGAGAAGGUCAUCUACACGGGCAAGGAGGGCAAGAGCUCCCGGGGCUGCCCCAUCGCCAAGUGGGUGAUCCGCAGACACAACCAAGAGGAGAAACUGCUGUGCCUGGUGCGGCACCGGGCCGGCCACCACUGCCAGAACGCCGUCAUCAUCAUCCUCAUCCUGGCCUGGGAGGGCAUCCCCCGCACGCUGGGGGACACGCUGUACCAGGAGCUCACCGACACCCUCACCAAGUACGGCAACCCCACCAGCCGCCGCUGCGGCCUCAACGACGAGUGAGUGACACCAGCCCGG